UUGGCAGAAAGCUUUCAUUCUAGCGCCCACUGACUUUGGCGACUAUUCUUAGCGUCCGCGAGUACAGAUUCAGUGUCAGACCAACUCGGUAUUUUUGGAAAAUGAACGUGAGGGAAAAGCCAACGAUCCGCACUUAUUGCUAAAAAGUCCGCGAAACAACAAACUAUACUAUUUAGAAAGUUCCAAUUUAUAUCGAAGGUGUUGCGAGUUCAUAGCAUAAUGUCGAAAAUAGUAUUAUCUUUAGUGGUAUCGAUUAUCCUGACUGGAAUUGCGGUCGAAAUGAAGUCCUUUCACAGAAUUGGGUCGCGAAUGAAUGGUGACCGUCUCAUUUUCACGGACACCUUACAUAGCCCUACGACUUCCGAAACUCCGGUAAAUCACACGGUAUCCUUCAGGCACCCGAUAACAAUGGCUAUCACAUGCAUCGAUUUAUAUUCAGACGCCAAUGUCGAAGCCCAGUUCGUUUUGAGCUACGACAGUGUCCUUCAUGGUGUAAUAACCGCUGUCGGGGUGUUGGAGUUUGAACUGACCGUUAGUGUUUUUGGCAUGGAUUUCAACGAAGUCCCUGAGAAUUUCAGAUCAGCACUUACUCCGAACAGCCAAUUUUCAGGAGUAUUGGUAGCUGACAAUGAGGAUUACGUAGAAAGUGACUAUGAUGAUUACGAUGACGAUGAAGAAGUUAAUGACCUGGGAACGGAAAUCAUCAGUGUAGGGGACAGACAGAAUGGUGAUAAACUGCUGUUCCAUGACUUCCAGUCUUCAACUUUGACUGACUUUCCAUCUCAACAUGAAGUUACUUUCAGGUUCAUCGAUAGCUAUUAUCUGACGUAUAUACAGUUCAAAACGUUUGAUAUACACAACGCUACAGCAAUUUUCUCACAUUUGACAUAUCAGUCUAUAAAAGCUGUUAUACAAGCAGAAAAUGCGACAUCGUUGGAUGUGGAAUGCAAAAUCUAUGGUUUCGAACCUGAAGACAAGCCAGCUGACUAUUUACCUUUAAUUUCUUCAAUUGAGAAUUCACGAAAUUUAAAGCAGAUAAUGUGCAAUGGUCAGGAGAGGUUCCUGCAAGGUAGCGUCAUUAUUGUAUUGCUAAGUAGUUUAUUAUUAGCCUUAAGAAAUUGAAUAAUUGUUGCUAACCUACUUCGAAAAAUGUCGAUAAAUUGUACUUUAUUAAUUCGCUUUAAUUCGUCUUAAAUUAAUAUUUAUAUAUAUAUAUAUUUUAGUAAAUACAAUGCGAAAUAUAUAAACAUGUUUAUAAAAUA